UAGAGUCCAUGCCCCGACGAAUUGAGACUGUUCUAAAGGCAAACUGAAUAUGAAGGUGUUCGUAAUGUUUUGUACACUGUGUAUUUGUAUUAGACCAUGUCUACCUGGGUGCAGCUCUAGAAUAAAUGUAUAUUACUGAUAUUAUUAGUCUCUCCAUGAGAAGCAGAGAGCAGGUAAUCUUCUACUAGUUCAGCUGACCUCAGAAUUACAUCAAAUCACAUUCCUGCUGAACAUUUGCUAUUAUAUCAUUUACUGAACUGAAACUUUGACAACACACUUUUUUUAUAACUUCCAGCAGUAUAGAUAGAUAGAUAGAUAGAUAGAGUUCUGUUUUUCAUCAGAGCUACCCCUUUGUCAGCGACUUCUGUCUGUGUGGGUGUGUCAAAAAGGAUUUUAUGUCACAUGACUUUUUUAAGACAAGUGAAAAGUGUCUCCUGAUCUCACAGACACACUCCAACAUUACAAAUGUAGCAUGUGAUUAUACCAACACUCGGGAAGCAAGGUCUACACACAUGUUAUUAUUCCUCCAGUAUGCCACGGUGAUCCUCAAUCUGCUCCCGGCGUUGUUCAUCGCUCGCUCUGCCUGUGGACUACGACUACCUCCACUACCGAUGAUAGAUGGCUGUUUCAGGGUGUCUCCAGAGCCGGAGGUGUUCCGUGUGCAGGGUGAAGCGGUGGUCCUAAGCUGCUUUGUGUUCGACAGGGUCCUCUACAAACGAUUCUCCCAGGCUAAGGCGGGUUACACCUAUGUCAUCUCAAAGGGAAAUGGGACGGGGGGCAUUGACACUGACGAGGGGAAAGAGGGGCGGGUCCAGCAGCGUGAGCGACAGCUGUGGCUUCUCCCAGCUCGAACUUCUGACUCCGGAAAGUUCUCCUGCGUCUACAGAAAUGACACAUUAUGUGUAAUUGGAAGCAUCACUCUACAAGUUUAUGAGACCAAGCAAACUGACAUUGAGAAGUUGUCUUAUCCCAUCUCUACACCCGUGGGAAAAAAUGUGUCAAUCAAAUGUCCUCAUUUAAAGGACUUCAACAGGACUAAUGAAAUAGAGUGGUAUAAGGACUCCAGCCCGACAGUGCUUCCUGUUGGCAGUGGGCGCUACCAAAGACAGAGACAAGACGUGAUCCUCAUCUCAGACGUGAGGCCAGCAGACCAGGGCCUCUACACCUGUCAGCUUAGAGUCCACGUAAACAACCUCCAGUACACAGUCAGCAGGACCAUUAACCUCAAUGUAAAAGUGCCUGACCCAGUUCCCUACACUCAGACCACCAGGCCCAUCUUUGACCCAGACACAACCCCAACCCCUAACCCUGGUCUCAGCACUGUGGAAUCCCCAGCAGUUGUGUCCCCCAAGAUUGUGUCCCCUGCCAAUGGAACAAUCUUUGAAAGUCCAUUGGGCUCUGUUUUGGAGAUAUCCUGCCAGGUUUUCACAGGGAGCCAAUCAGCGGACGCCACAAUGGUCACAUGGUUGGUGGACGGCCAUGCAUUGGAUUUGUCCAACCUUAGUGGGCGGGCUCUGAUGAGUCAGAGAAGGGUAACCACAGUGGCUGGGGGUUGUUAUGUUGAGGUGAAUCUGUACAUCAUUGAGCUGUGUGAGGAGGAUACAAGGGCAGAACUGAAGUGUGUCACUCGAAACCAGGGAGGAAGACAGGAGGUCAUUGCACAGUUCAGAGUCGAAGACCCCAGGUCCACAUGGCUGAUGGUGGGUGUAGCAGGGUCUGUUUGUUUCCUGACUGUGGUCUCCGUCUUCCUUUACCUCCUCCUAAAACCCAGAGGAAAGGCUGACUACUUCCUGGCUCGACAGAACAGCACCUUUAGCUCCACUUUUAGCUCCACAUAAACACCUCCCAAGUGAUCUCGCUGGCUAUUUUUCUGUUGUUUUGUUACACAGUGUAUACAAAAGUUGACUUACUUUAAACAGAAUGUAUACAAUGUAUUAUUGUUAUUAAACAUAUUUUUGAAUGAAUAUCAAAAAUAAAAUAUUUUAUUUUUAUAUGAA